AUGCUGGUUUGCUACAGUGUUUUAGCUUGUGAGAGUCUCUGGGACCUUCCCUGCUCCAUCAUGGGGUCACCUCUAGGUCAUUUUACCUGGGACAAAUACCUAAAAGAAACAUGUUCAGUCCCAGCGCCUGUCCAUUGCUUCAAGCAGUCCUACACACCUCCAAGCAACGAGUUCAAGAUCAGUAUGAAAUUGGAAGCACAGGAUCCCAGGAACACCACAUCUACCUGUAUUGCCACAGUAGUUGGACUGACAGGCGCUCGCCUCCGCCUUCGCCUCGAUGGCAGCGACAACAAGAAUGACUUCUGGCGUCUGGUUGACUCAGCUGAAAUCCAACCUAUUGGGAAUUGUGAGAAGAAUGGGGGUAUGCUGCAGCCCCCGCUGGGAUUUCGCCUGAACGCUUCCUCUUGGCCCAUGUUCCUUUUGAAGACGCUAAAUGGAGCAGAGAUGGCUCCCAUCAGGAUUUUCCACAAGGAACCACCUUCACCUUCUCACAACUUCUUCAAAAUGGGAAUGAAGCUGGAAGCUGUGGACAGGAAGAACCCUCAUUUCAUUUGCCCAGCCACUAUUGGGGAGGUGCGAGGCUCAGAGGUGCUUGUCACUUUUGAUGGGUGGCGAGGGGCCUUUGACUACUGGUGCCGCUUCGACUCACGGGACAUCUUCCCUGUGGGCUGGUGUUCCUUGACUGGAGACAACCUGCAGCCACCUGGCACUAAAGUUGUGAUUCCAAAGAAUCCCUAUCCUGCAUCCGAGGCGAACACUGAGAAGCCCAGCAUCCACAGCAACACCAAAACUGCCCUGGAGCAUCAACCAGGGCAGAGGGGGCGUAAACCAGGAAAGAAGCGGGGCCGGACACCCAAGCCCCUAAUUCCCCAUCCCAUCUCUACCCCAUCCAAGUCAGCUGAACCUUUGAAAUUCCCAAAGAAGAGGGGUCCCAAACCUGGCAGUAAGAGGAAACCUCGGACUUUGCUGAACCCACCACCCACCUCACCAACAACCAGCACCCCUGAACCGGAUACCAGCACUGUACCCCAAGAUGCUGCCACCAUCCCCAGCUCAGCCAUGCAGGCCCCCACAGUUUGCAUUUACUUGAACAAGAAUGGCAGCACAGGCCCCCACUUAGAUAAGAAGAAGGUCCAGCAGCUCCCUGACCAUUUUGGGCCAGCCCAAGCCUCCGUGGUGUUGCAGCAGGCUGUGCAGGCUUGCAUCGACUGUGCUUAUCACCAGAAAACCGUCUUCGGCUUCCUCAAACAGGGUCACGGUGGCGCAGUUAUCUCAGCCGUGUUUGACCGUGAGCAGCACACCCUCAACCUCCCAGCCGUCAACAGCAUCACCUACGUCCUCCGCUUCCUGGAGAAACUCUGCCACAACCUUCACAGUGACAAUCUGUUUGGCAACCAGCCCUUUACACAGACUCACUUGUCACUCACCACCACAGAGUACAGCCACAGCCACGACAGGUACCUACCAGGUGAGACCUUUGCCCUGGGAAAUAGUCUGGCCCGGUCCUUGGAGCCACACUCAGACUCGAUGGACUCCACCUUGAAUCCCACCAACCUUGUCAGCACCUCCCAAAAUCUUCGAAACCCUGGGUACCGGCCUUUGCUUCCAUCCUGUGGCCUCCCACUGAGCACUGCCUCAGCUGUGCACAGGUUCUGCUCCAGGGGCGUGUUAAAUGGUUCAGAUGGAAGCAGGGAUAUGGGGUCAUUUUGGAAACUGAAUCAUUCCCGAGGGUCGGACCGCCGGGAUGCCUCUCGACAGAGUGGCCGGGACCCCUCCUCGUGGACAGUCGAGGACGUGAUGCAGUUUGUCCGGGAAGCUGAUCCUCAGCUUGGACCCCAUGCUGACCUCUUUCGCAAACACGAGAUCGACGGCAAGGCCCUGCUUCUGCUGCGCAGUGACGUGAUGAUGAAGUACAUGGGGCUGAAGCUGGGGCCUGCGCUCAAGCUCUCCUACCACAUUGACCGGCUGAAGCAGGGCAAGUUCUGA